AUGGAGAGCAAAGCCACGUCCCCCCGGGUCGAGUCACUUCUACCCUCGCCAGCAAUUCCGACCGUGUCAACAUCUGCAGACACCAACAUGGCUGAACCAUCCACCGCCAAAGAAAGUGAGGACACAGAAUACCUAGGUCCUCGGGCCCUUUCUCUUCUAGUCGGCGCUCUCCUCCUCGCCAUCCUCAUCGUCAUCCUCGAUACAUCCAUCCUGGCCACGGCAAUACCUCAAAUCACGGAUCAUUUCCACACCAUUUCCGACAUUGGCUGGUAUGUUGCCGCCUACAUGCUCACCAAUGCGUCACUACAGCCUCUCACCGGGAAAUUCUACACCUAUUUCUCUCUGAAAUAUGCCUUCGUCGGCUUUCUUGCAGUCUUUGAACUCGGUUCCUUGAUUUGUGCUCUCGCAACAUCGAGCUCAAUGCUGGUCAUCGGGCGUGCGGUGUCAGGAAUAGGAGCGUCCGGGUUACAGAAUGGCGCCCUGACGAUCAUUGGCAUUGCAGCUCCUCCGUCACAGCAGCCCCCCUUGUUUGGAAUCCUCAUGUCUUUCGCAGGAGCAGGACAGCUUAUAGGGCCGCUCAUCGGUGGCGCUCUGACGGAACAUGCUUCCUGGCGCUGGUGCUUCUGGAUCAAUCUCCCUAUUGGCGGUGUGACGAUUUUGACCAUGAUAUUCAUUCCGUUUCCACCUUAUCGGGCCCGGAAGACAAAUUGGACAUUCCGCGAUGUCACCCGUGAUUUCGACAUUCCAGGCUUCGCCCUCUUUGCCCCAGCCUGUAUUAUGCUUCUUCUCGCUUUGGAAUGGGGUGGAGUUGAAUAUUCCUGGUCGUCUGCUACUAUCAUUGGGCUUCUAUGCGGUGGCGGGGGAGUCUUUCUUGUCUUUUUGAUCUGGGAAUAUUUCCACGACGGCUCGGCCAUGAUUCCGCUCUCACUGAUACGCCAACGCGUUAUCUACAGCAGCAUGUUAACCGCGGCCAUUCAAUUCGGUGGUCUCUUGAUCUUCACCUACUACAUGCCACUUUGGUUUCAAGUCAUCAAGGGCGCCAGCCCAACGCUGAGCGCGGUGUACAUCCUCCCAACAUUCGUCACCCAGAUCCUCUCCGCAAUAGCCGUAGGCGUCAUUGUCUCGAGGGUGGGCUACUUGAUGCCUCCAGCAUUCAUCGGCUCCGCUUUUGCCACCGUCUCUGCGGGUCUCAUGAGCACAUUUACCACCCAUACAGGGACGGGAACCUGGAUUGGAUACCAGAUCCUCAACGGUGUAGGGCGUGGAAUCUCGCUUCAACAGCCAAUCCAAGCGGUCCAAAGCGUCGCAUCCUCGGAUUUAAUGCCCACCGCAACAGCGAUGGUCGCAUGGGCCCAGAACUUCGGUGGUACAAUCGUGAUCGGAGUCGCCCAGACCGCUUUCCUGAAUAUUUUGCAAAAUGCCCUAAAUACGCACGCCCGAGGUGUAGAUGCCAGCGAGGUUACUGCCGCCGGUGCGACUAACUACCUCGCCAGUCUCGCUGGAGAUGAUAACGCAGAUCUCAGGAAUAAUGUGCUGAUUUCGUACAACCAGGCAAUCACGCAGACAUUUUAUAUCGCUGUGGGGUGUGCAGCGGUCAGUUGCUUCACCAUUUUGGGAAUUGGGAGGACUAGAAUCGAGAGGAAGAAAAAGAGGACCGAGAUCACCGGAAAGGAUGAAGAAAAAGGAGUAGAAAAGAAGACGAAUGAGACUGGAAGCAAUAACAAUGACAAAGGUGAUGAAAACUCCGGGACUCUGACGACCGCUGAGCCAAACUUGCGUCGUUCCGUCUCGAAGUCGAGCUCGAGUAGAGAGCCCUGA